CAUUACAUGUUUUUUCGGUUUUUUGAAAAAUAUAUUCAUUUUUAAAACCAUGACUCUUGGUAGUUGGUACAUUUUCUAACUUGAUUAAUUACCUAUUCAUAGUUCGUACAUGUGUACAUGUGUAUAAUUCAUAAACAUUGUUUUAUUAUUGUAUAAUUAAUAAUUUAUUCUAUUCUUCUUGAUAAAAUCUAAUAGAAAAAAUUAAAAAGAAGAGAAUGCCGAUGGCAUCACCAUAGAACAAUUUAAAGUCGUGCUCAAGACCAUAGACUUAUUAAUAUAGGUCUUUACUCUUUAUAGGUCUAUGCUCAAGACACAAGUAAAAUUUAACACGAUAGAUAAGAUAAGAUUUUGAUUUUUGAAUUGCUACAGCACUACAACAGCAUUGCUAGCAGUAUUAAACAGUAAAACUUGUUAAAUGAAAAAUGCAAUUAUGCGAGUACUUAUUGAAUAAUAAUAAUUUAUAAAACCACAGACUGAUAAUCAAAAAAAAAAGAAGAGAAAUUAAGAAGAUACAUAAAUGUGCAAUCGUCCAUUGUUGAAACAUGAAAUAUCCAACAUCGUUGACUGUUUGUGCAUCAUUAUUGACUAUAAGAUUGUUCCAUCUAUAUAUAAUUCGUUCAUGUCAUCUUCAUUUGAAUAUAUCUGCAAGGAUUUUAACAUGUGAGCCAAACCUAAACGGCAUUUCAAAUUAUACUGAUGAAGCUGAUAUAUUUUUUGAAAACCCAAAUAAGUGGCUUGAUGAGUCGUAUUCCGCUCAAAGUAAUAACAAUUUACCAACACACAUAGUUAUGUUUGAGGUACUAUCAAACACACUACAUGCAUUUUUAACUAAAGGAAAAUACAAGAAUGUUUUGUCAAUGUUUCACACCGAUUUUCCAUCUACGAGAAUUGGACGGUACAUAAAUGUGUUUUCAUGUAUUGAAUACCCUGAUCAAUAUAAUUAUUUUGAAGGUCGUUUUAGGUAAAAUAGAAUGUUGAAGGUUUUAUUAUAUUUUUAUUAACUUUUUUUUACAUUUUGGUUUUGUUAUAUAAAAGAAUAUUGAAGUUUAUAUACAUUAAUUGAAAAUUAUUAAAUCAUGUUGAAUACCUGUUACCUACCAAUAAAUGUUUAAUUUUGUUUUUAAUCAUAUAUUGUUAAGUUAUCAUGUUAAGUAUUAAAAUGAUUUAAAAUUUUCAGUAUUAAUACUUGUUGUAUUUUUUUUUUUUUAGUUAAAUUACUUUUAUAUUAUCUAAAAUAUACAGUAAAAUUACAGUGUCAACGAUGCAUAAUCAUGUGCAUAGCUGUAAACAUUUUGUGUUUACAAUUUUACAUUUAUUUUUAUCUUUCACAGUGUUUGGUGGAGCAAGGGCUAAACUACUGUGUUUCGCCUUCCGCGAUCUGAAAAUCUAGGGGCAUGAAUAUAAUAAUAUCUUAAUUAAAUUAAAAUAAAAUAAUAUUAUUUGGAUUA